CAGGACACCAGCGCCCACCUGGAGAGGAUGAAGAAGAACCUGGACCAGACGGUGAAGGACCUGCAGCUCCGGCUGGAUGAGGCAGAGCAGCUGGCACUGAAGGGUGGCAAGAAGCAAAUCCAGAAACUGGAGGCCAGAGUGCGUGAGCUGGAAGGUGAGGUUGACAAUGAGCAGAAACGCAGCGCUGAUGCUAUUAAGGGGGUUCGCAAGUAUGAGAGAAGAGUAAAGGAACUGACCUACCAG